UCUCUCUUUCUCCCUCUCUCUCCCCCUCUCAACACGCUCGCUCGUUUCCCGGUAUGCACCUGACGUGUGCAUAAACCCACCAAGAAAAAAAAUCCUUCGUUAAAUUCGAGCAGUCGAGAUUUGCUACUGAACAAAGACAAUCACUUCGGUCUGUGAUAGAUCCGCCGCGGGAGAAGUUGCGAGCCCUGAGACGCGCGUUGUUCGAAAACUCCUUUCCCCUCCCGUCCUGUGGACGAGGGCGUGUUGUAACCUUGUCUGGGUGCACCACAGUCUGCAGACAAGACAGCGGGAGAAAACUCAGCACCAGCAUCUUUGCUAUCCUGUGGGGAUAUAACCGAGAGCAACCAAGGAGCAACCUUUCGGAGUAUUUGAACCCGAAUCUGCGAAGACACCGUGACAGAACAGCACAGAGAUAACUGGAUCAUUACAAAGUAACGGUACAAAUAGCAAGAUGAAUGGUGCAAUAGAUCACUCGGACCAGCCAGACCCAGAUGCCAUUAAGAUGUUCGUAGGCCAGAUCCCGCGAUCUUGGUCAGAGAAAGAGCUAAAGGAACUGUUUGAGCCGUACGGAACAGUGUACCAGAUCAACGUCCUCCGAGACCGUAGCCAGAACCCUCCGCAGAGCAAAGGGUGUUGUUUUGUUACAUUUUACACAAGGAAAGCUGCACUUGAGGCUCAGAAUGCCCUGCACAAUAUCAAAACUUUACCGGCGAUGCAUCAUCCUAUUCAAAUGAAACCUGCUGACAGUGAAAAGUCAAAUGCUGUUGAAGACCGGAAGUUGUUCAUUGGAAUGGUUUCGAAAAAGUGCAAUGAGAACGACAUUAGGGUGAUGUUCUCAACGUUCGGGCAAAUAGAGGAAUGCAGAAUUCUCCGGGGACCUGACGGUUUGAGUCGAGGCUGUGCAUUUGUCACGUUUUCUACCAGGGCAAUGGCACAGAAUGCAAUCAAAGCCAUGCACCAGUCUCAGACUAUGGAGGGCUGCUCCUCACCAAUUGUGGUCAAGUUUGCCGACACUCAGAAGGACAAGGAACAAAGGCGCCUACAGCAGCAGCUGGCUCAGCAGAUGCAGCAGCUGAACACAGCUACCUGGGGAAACCUCACCGGGCUCGGAGCCCUGGGGCCACAGUACCUGGCUGUAAGUGGUCAAUGGGGAUCCAAGAACGGUGGCGAAAUUGGAACAAAAGAAGUUUUCGUACCCCAAAACAUGCAUACACUCUUGCAGCAAGCCACCUCCACAAGUAACCUAGGCGCCUUCAGUGGCAUCCAACAGAUGGCAGGAAUGAGUGCCUUGCAGUUACAGAACUUAGCAACCCUAGCGGCCGCAGCAGCAGCCGCACAGAACACAGCAACCACGAACGCCAACCCGCUCUCUGCCGCCACAGGAGCACUCGGUGCACUGACAAGCCCAGUGCAAUGGGGCAACAGCAGUCAGCAGUCGAUGCCUGUAGCAGGAACAAAUAACUCUGGCACAGGCGCUGCCAUGAAUUCCUUGACCUCCCUGGGAACCCUCCAGGGUCUGGCAGGAGCCACGGUUGGGUUAAAUAACAUUAAUGCACUGGCAGGUAUGGCGGCGCUUAAUGGUGGACUCGGAGCGACGGGCUUGACCAACGGUUCGGCUGGCACAAUGGACGCCCUGACCCAGGCCUACUCAGGAAUCCAGCAGUACGCAGCAGCCGCGCUGCCCACCCUGUACAGCCAGAGCCUGCUGCAGCAGCAGGGUGCCGCGGGCAGCCAGAAGGAGGGUCCAGAAGGUGCAAAUCUGUUUAUUUACCAUCUGCCCCAGGAGUUUGGAGAUCAGGACAUCCUGCAGAUGUUUAUGCCAUUUGGAAAUGUUGUGUCUGCUAAAGUCUUCAUUGACAAACAGACCAAUCUUAGCAAGUGCUUUGGUUUCGUAAGUUAUGACAACCCAGUCUCCGCACAGGCUGCCAUCCAAGCCAUGAACGGUUUUCAGAUUGGAAUGAAGCGUUUAAAAGUUCAGCUGAAGCGAUCCAAGAAUGACAGCAAGCCCUACUGAGUCUAGUGUGGGAGGUUAAUGCUGUUACUUUAGCUUUGUUAGGACAUCUUCAUGCUCGUUAGUUCAUCGUUUGCCUAACAUGUCCCUGUGGCGCCAAAAAAAUUCAAAAAAAAAGCUCAUCGUCCCGUCAUUGUUUCUGAUGUCUUUCUGACCUCACAUCACACUUGGUCCUCCUACUUGACCCCUUUGACCUAGUUUGACUUUGAGAUUUUUUGCAUGUGACCUCAUAUAGUUUUGAAUUCUAAAGAGUUCAAUGUGAAAAGCCUAGCUGCAUUUGUGUUGAGACUGAAAAAGAAAAAAAAUAUUUUAAGAAAGUAAAGCAAGACAAAAAUAUAUAACAGAGAGAGAAGGAAAUAAAAAAACCUGUGGCGAAAAUGUUUCUUUUUUUUUCAUGAAACAAACUUGAAAGUAUUAUACAGGGAUUGGCAUUCUGUCUGGUCACUUGGAAUAGCGAUAGCAAUAUGUGGCCAGGGAACAGAAUGUUGGUUUCUCAAUGAUGCAGACUACUUCUGAUCAGCUGAAGAAACUGGUCGGAGAUAUUAUCAAGAGCUCUGUAAUAGUUUUUACAUUUUUCAGGCAGUGUAAAGUUUUGAUAAGGGCCAUUUAAGUGGCUCACUUUCUCAUCAAUAUAUAUAGAAAUGAAAAAACCACUUUUUUUGUAGACUAGUUUAAGAUAAUUAAAAAAAAAGAUGACCCAUGUUUGGGGAAAGACUACCUAUUUGUGUCACCUUUUGCUGAACUGAUUCACACCUAGACAAUCUGUGGUAAAUGCACAUUAAAUAACCUAUAUUUUAUACUGUUUAAGUGUAUUGGGAGAAGAAAACAAAGAAGUAAGUGUUAACUUCGUCACGUUGGUAACUGUGUGGGUUAAGUUUUGGUGUCAUCGCGAUUUUUAAGGUUAUAACGCAUCGGAAUUUUUUUUGGCUGACUCGCAAAAGAUUUUUUUUUCCGGAUGGCCAAAAAAAUCUUAACUCGUCAGGUGAAAUGGAAAAAAAAAACUACAAUUCCAGGACAAAAAAAUUGUGUGCUUUGCGUGUAAAAUGUUUUUGACGUCUGAUUUUUUUUUCACUGUGGGGUUAACAGUUUGACGUACUUUGUUCAGCAAAAUGUGAGAUUGGCUUUUUUUUCUUUUCGAAAAGAAGAAAACAGCAAUUUUAACAGUGCCAAAUUCCAACAAAAAAAUUAAAGGUACUUCCUGCCUCGCGCUUAAUUGUGUUAUUUGUGAGAAGUAAUUUGAUAACAUGGGGUAUUUUGUUACUUAAGUGUUUUGUAAUAAUUCUCUCAUGUUUGAAAAAAAUUAAAGUACAAAAAAAAAGAUUAAAACCAGAGAGAAAAAAAGUUUGUUAAAUUGUUAAAGCUGUGGUCUUGUUGCCUGAGAUGGUUCACUGUUUGUUAAUUCUCUUGGUAAAAGUGCUCAUAUUCCCCAACCUUGACAUUCAUUGCGAUGUUGUGAAAGCAAACCUCAUAAAGCUUUUUUUUCUUAUAGUUGUAAAAUUUAAAAAAAUAAAAUAUUUUAAAAAACACACACACAAAAAAUAUAUAUAACACCCCAAGGCAAGAAUGUUCAGAACUGGUUUGAAAUUAAUAAAAAAAAAUAAUCAUUAAGUAGCUAUAGCUGCUGAGUAUGACUUUCUAACCAUUGCAAACUCAUUUGUCAUUCCUAUGUGCAUGCACUUGAUAUGUAAUAAAAUGUUAACUGUUAACGGGCCAAUAUUUCUCUGCAAUAAGGGCUGGGAGCCAAUCAGAUCAGUUCGGCUUCCAUUGCCUUGGGGACUGAUUUUCGGCCUGCUCUUUCCUGACUUCAUUUCCCCACACUAUCACCUUCACCACCUUCCCACCUGAUACGUUGUAUUCGGUUUUUUUUUAAUCAAGUAAAAAAAAGUAAAAAAAAAGUUGUAGCUUCAUUGCGUUUUUUGGAAAAUGUCACACAAGACAAGUGUUUGUGCUCCUGUGAUGUGAGAUCUGGUGUUUGUAGACUAUUAUCAUUUAGGAUUAAGACUUAAAGGAAAAAAAACAAUAUAUAGUUUUAGGUAUUUGUUUGAGAAAAGCCAAAGUUAAUGCAAAAUGAGUGGGGGAACUGCAAGCCCAUGUGAGUGUUGUAAUUCUUUUUGGUGCAUUUGACCCUGUAUGUGUUGGAAGUUUUUUUUUUGAGAAAAAAGUCAACACGCCACACACACACACACUCAAAAAAAAAUAGUGGGCUUUCAUAUUUCUACAACUUGAUUGUAAUUAUGCAUUUUGUACCAGUGGAACUUUUUAUACUGGAAAUUAAAAAGUGGAUAUUUCUGCGCCUUCUCUGUGUGGGCCCAGUUAUGAUGAUUUUGAGUCUGAUUUCUGGUUGGUGCAGAGAAACUGGUGACUAUUUCAUUUUAAGAAUUUACAAAAAAAAAUCAAAAAAAAAACUUUGGCUUGCUUUCCUCAUUUCUUUGCAUAUGCUUAAAUGUCAAGAAUUUUUGUCAAACAAAAUGGGUAAGUUUCUCUUCAAUUAUGUAUUGUGCAGUUACAUAAGGUAUUAGGACUAGCAGUAUUCAACCACAUACAGUCAGAUAACUGUAUUAGUUUUAAAAAUAUUAGGGGUUUGCUUUUUGCUGUUGAAAUCCAAGUUUUUUGCUGAUUCUCUGUCCUCAUUGUGAACAUAACUGUGGAACAGUCGGACUUAUUUUUGUAACGUAUGUUAUUGUGUGAUGCAGUUUUGCUUCUGUCUCAAAUAUUAAACCAUUUUUCCUAA